ACUUGAUAUUCACAGGCUUGUAACAGUUGUAAGCUUGGCGAAAUCUUUAGUUUUCUCAGUGUGUCUAUCCUGAAAUGCGAAAGGUGUAAUCUGCUAUCACUGCCAUCAUGCCGUACAGAUAAGUAUUAAAAUCUUUGGACAUUGCUCCACAAGGCUGUAACCAAUAACGCUGUCAGUUGUAGUUUUCUAAGCAGCUCGGACGAUGAAAUUCUAGCGCUAGUGGUUGGCAAAUUCCUGAAACUGCGAUAUCGGAUGACUAAAUCGCCUGUAGCCCUUAAAACAAUCGGUCCUUGAUAGUUUUGUUAUUCGCGCGCAAGUGCCACAUCACAGUAUGUGGAAGCCAUCAACAAACACCGCUCCAUCUUCGGGAACUCUGCGCAGCGCCACGGAGCAGACGUCUAUGAAGAACGCAGCAGGCGCUACAGCUGGAUCAGCAUCACCACUCACACAGACGUAUCUGGCUCGCUUUCUGAAGAUUUUGCAGCCGUACGAGGCCACCCGGGAAUGGCUGCGGAAACGGAUAGAACAGCAGGAUUUCGCUUUGCUUGUGCAGGAAGAGGAAUUCCGAAAAACGCGCAACAACUUCAUAAUAUUAACCAUCAAAGCGAUCCGUCGAGAUCCUAAAAUCUUGAAGUCGAAGUACGAGGAUGUUUUCUGGAAAGAACUCAUGUAUCCCCUUAUAAGAGGCUUGGCUGACAAACUCGAGUUUGAUGACAACAACAACGUUCAGUUGGCACUGCGGGAGCACAUUGCUUGUGGACAUGCAGCUUUCCAAGGAUUUAUCGAAGCUGCCUUAACGCGAUUCAGUUUCCAGGUUGGAGAUUUUAACUCCAUUCCGGUAGCUCUUGAAUGCUCAUCUGAUUUGGGUUACAACGCAGACCAAGUUUCGUGGAUUGGGGCUUUUCUUUCACGCUGUCUGUGCUGUAUUGGCGAUUUGUAUCGUUACUCUUACAAGUACAAUUACAAAAACAUGGUUCCUGCUUCGCAAUAUUACGAAUUGGCAUCUUUGACUCGUCCGUCAGAUGGACGGGCUGUGUCCUGCAUCGGGAUCGUUCAAAAGGACAUCGGCGAGCCUUUCGCUGCAUCGUACUAUUACCUUCUGAGUGCGUGCAAGAAGUCAAAGUACGGAUUCUAUCUAAAAAACCUGGAAUCGAUUCACGGCCAGGUGGAGGAUUUAUGCACCGCGUAUGGAGCUGGGCUUGAACGACCCAGCAUUGAUCAAGAUUCGCGGGAAAUCAUCAAGGGGUUCUCGGUCAAUGUUCUGAACGUUGUGUUUUCUCUGUUGGUCGACAGUGAGCCACCUCCUGAGAAAAUCAGCCAGAUAUUCGGGAUUUCCCUUGAAUAUCUGUCGGCAUCUUUGCGACAACCUGUUCCUGACUCUGGCGAAUGGAGGGAUGCCAUGUACACUAAUACGACGUACCUCCAUCCUGACCUUCUUUGGAAGAUCUGCCUGAUGAUGAUUGAAACGUUUUAUUUAAAAAAAAGCGAAGCGGACGUAUCUCGUGGCCAGAGCUUUAAUUCGUUAUGUGCGUUUUUGGUGACCAUGAUUGGCAAAAUUACCACGUAUGUGGUGCAAUGUAUACAGUACUGGCUUAAUUACACCAGUUUUCAUUUGAUUCCGGAGCCUGAUCCAAAUGCUGUUGUCAAAGAGCUCUGUAGCCAAUUGAAUGUACCGAAAACUUCAGGAUUUGCCUCGGUAGCUGGAAAGCAGAACGGACGAUCGUACAACUCUCAGAAUUUCGUUAGUUGCAACACUGCCUUUGAUGACCACACUGUCGACACCGAAAAUUUGCUUAACCGUUUUGCUGAGGGAACUCAGUUGGAUUCUUCUAUGGAAACCUUUUGGUCCACGUUUUGCCAAGACCAGUCAUCGGAAAAGCUCGACAGAUUCGAUUUCGAUAUCCAAGAGAGUAUGAAUUUUGCAGCCGGAACCGGGCAGCAGUCAUCGUAUCUGAAAGCAUUCGCGGCUUUCAACGAAACCUUGAUCCAUUUGCCGCUGGUACAUCUCUUCUACCAGUGGAUUCGGUGUGACGAUGAGAUGUGGACAUUCUGUACCGUUAAUUUCCCGGACGUAAUUUGCAAUUUUGUGGACAUCAUAAAUCUGCUGUCGAUUCCAAAGUUUGUGACUUUAUAUGUUAAAGAGCAGAACAUCGAUCGAUUUCCCCUUGAAGAAGAAAUUUUGCUCCGUGAAACAGUUCUUAUGGAUAAAUGGCUUAGCACGCUCGAUUGGAACGGUUUUUACCGGCGCCGGUUGCCAGUUAUAAAGAUGGAAAAUAUGAUUCUACUGAAUUAUCGCUUUUUGGAUAUGGCAAAUAUGUUGCGAAAAACGGGACUUGCUGUUUUUGACUCGGCGAAAAAGAAAUGGAUCUGUACACUCUCUCGGAAAAAUCUAGGAAAUGAGGUUGUUCCGGAUCGUCAACGAAAGCUUCUUGUGGCGCAAAAGUUGGGGAGAGCAUGGUUUGCAGAAGAAGCCAAGGAACGCGAAAAAGAAGUCAUGAAUCGACGUGCCGACCUACCAAAAUAUUUGGUCAUCGACACCAGUUGUUUUGUCAGGAAACUGGAGUGGGUUCAACGCCUGUAUGCUUGCAAGCUCUUCAAAAUCGUCGUUCCGGCUUACGUUUUGGAAGAACUUGACAAAGAUAAGAAAAGUAAACAGUUUCGAGAUGCCAUUCGCUGGCUGGAAAAAUCGACAGACACUAAGGAUUUCAACCGUGUUGAGAUCCAAAAAUGGAAAGAUAUGCACAAAUAUGAUGUGGAAUUGCGUUCGGAUUGGGAAAACAUCACUCACAGCGAAAAGUCCGUCCGUGUCAUGGUGGAUUGUGCCAAGUUCUUCUCCGAGGAAGUAAAACGGCAGACCGACGAUAGCCCGGAUUAUGGAUUGCAUAUUCGGGUUCUUACCGAUCUGGAUCUGCAGUCGGUAUAUUGCGCUCGAGUUAUUGACCAAAUGGAUCGUCUGGAAAUGCCACACGAAAUCAAACUGAUGAGGAUUCACGAUUUUAUGGGAUGGCUGGACGAAGGCCCAGGAUAUUUCCGUAGGAUGCAAGAACAAGAAGACUUGAAUCGCAUUACAUAAAGACUGAUGCAGUCUGAUAAGAUGGUUUUCCUGGUGGAGAUAAGGAAUGGAGGUCGUAAAAAAUCGCGAAUAUUUUGGAUGAAACUAACAAUUUCUGGAAGGCAAGGUGUCCGUACAGCGAUCAGCUUUGGUGAUCCUUGACGGUAAUAAAGCGGGACAAGAUGAAGGCGACGAGGAAUGUGGCGAUGACGAAGAAGAAGGCAAAAAUGUAGAAAGUUUCCUCGUCGAAAAUAUCGGUAAAGGCAGGCAGUUUGCUGUAGAGGUGAUCCGCCAAUUCCAGUUUGUUAACUUUGGGUUGCAUGAUCAAGGAUACUAAUCUACUUAUUAACUUGGGAAGAUUUUGAUAAUACUAUCGUUCUUUUCGAUGCUUAGGUUUUAGAUAGCUUUUAACGGACAAAACUGAUGCAACAAUUCUUGAGUUUAUCUACGGGAUUUCUGUGACACAUUUGGCUGGUACGGCGUAUGUUCCAUCUGGUAAAAAAUCAAUAAAUGGUGGUGGUUUGGCAAACGAUGGCAGUUAUGCUGACUGCUGGUGA